GUGAUGGCAGAGAAGGCCAAGGCGGAUAAGAAAGCAGAGCAGGUCAAUGCGCAGAAGGCAGACUGUCAGGCUGAAGCAGACAAGAUUAACGGCGAGAAGGCUGAAGCUCAGAUUGAGUUGGACAAGGCCUUGCCCUUCCUGCACGAGGCCGAGUCUGCGUGCAACUCCAUCACCAAGAAGGAUAUCACUGAGAUCAAGACCAACAACAAGCCUGUGGACAUCAUCAAGUUGACCUUCGAUGGUUUGCAGAUUCUUCAGUCGAAGCCGGUCAUCUCGGUGAAGGUGGAUGACAAGCUUAUCAACAAGGUCACCGCAUCCUUCCUGAUGGACAGCUAUGAGGAGUUCUCCAAGAAAGACCUUCAGGAUAUGAACUUCUUGAACAACAUCUUGGACUUCGCCGCGAAUGAGAAGGAUAACAUCAACGAUGAGACUUGCGAGCUUCUUGAGCCGUAUUUGCGCUUCGAUGAG